AUGGAGAGUGAGGGAAAAUUUGUGUUUACAGAAGAACAAGAAGCUCUUGUGGUGAAGUCAUGGAGUGUCAUGAAGAAAAAUUCUGCUGAGUUGGGUCUUAAACUUUUUCUAAAGAUCUUUGAGAUUGCACCAACAGCGAAAAAGAUGUUCUCUUUUCUGAGAGACUCACCAAUUCCUGCUGAGCAAAACCCAAAGCUCAAGCCUCAUGCCAUGUCUGUCUUUGUCAUGUGUUGUGAAUCAGCAGCACAACUGAGAAAAACAGGAAAGGUUACAGUCAAAGAGACAACGUUGAAGAGACUUGGAGCCAAUCAUUCUAAGUAUGGCGUCGUUGAUGAACACUUUGAUGUGACCAAGUAUGCACUGUUGGAGACGAUAAAGGAGGCGGUGCCGGAGAUGUGGUCACCGGAGAUGAAGUCGGCUUGGGGUCAAGCUUAUGAUCACCUUGUUGCCGCCAUUAAAGCUGAAAUGAAUCCAUCCGCUUAA